UGUGAACGUGGCCUGACUACAUAUACUCGGUUGCUUUUCAAAUGAAAAACUUCAGUUUUGUUCAUGCUUAAAUAGUGGAACAGUAUAUAUGGAAAUGAAGAAAUCAUGAGAUUAAACUUUGAUAAGUGACAUCUUAGCAACAGAGUUUUCAUAAACAACAGUUGGAAAUUCAUUUAAAAAAAAAACAAGAAACCGCCCAGGAUCAAUUAAAAUGGCAAAGGUCCAAUCUUUGACAUCCGAGAACCUGGACCAUCACUCAGAUCAUAGCUCUAAACGUCAUUCUGUUUAUGCAAGAGAAGGAAGUGACGUCCCAACCGCCUUAACAACACAUCCAAGCAUGCGCCGUAUGUCGAAAUUCGAGCCUCGGCAAAGUGUUCAAUACAGCCGACGUAUGUCAACGGUGUCGCGCACUAGCAUAACCGGAAGUUCUAUUGGACAUAAACACAUUGGACUGUUUCCAAUGAAAUUGCAAAAUACGUAUAAAUUGCAACCGGAUUCCAACGAGCUGUUCAAACCCGGUCCAGUCCGUGAAGUUAUUCAGGAAGUGUUAAACGAGUGUCUAGAUGGCGAGAAGUACAACCCGACACAAUGUCGAAAUUUGUCUCAAAUGUUAACAGAUCUCAUAAAAUCUAGGGUUAAGGACAUGGGAUGUAACCGUUACAAAUAUAUUGUUACAGUAACCCUUGGUCAAAACUGUAACCAAGGACUACAAGUUGUAAGUCGAUGCCUUUGGAAUAAGGACACGGACAAUUAUGCCGAAGCACAUUACAACAAAGAUGGAUUAUACGCAGUUGCUGCCGUGUACGCCGUCUAUUUUGAGUAAAUAGUUCUGAAACAAUUUGUCGUCUGCUGAGAAAAAAUAAUGCGCUAAUGAAGAAAUGAUUGAUUUAUAUAUCGAUCAAGGCGUAUAAAUGAUCACUAAAAUGCGACUUAACGAUAGAAAUUUUCCUCCUGAAGUAAUGUGCCAUGACUUGUAGACACCUAGCUAAAUUUAGUAAUAGAAGUAGUUGGCAAUCGUUGCAAACUGUGUUGGAAAUAUGAUUUUGCAAUCUCGGACACCAGGGGAUUUUUGUUGUUGUUACUUUUUGUCUUUAGCAUCUUUGCAUCUGUCCUUUAAUUAAUUUAAUUUAAUUAAUUUCAUGAUUUUUUAUUGUCUGUCAUUUCAAUAUUUAUGUUUCGUACGCUUUAUAAUGGAACUUUAAUUCUUCACGUAACCUUUAAGCUGUGUACGUUUAUAACUCCUGAAACAGCAUGUAAGUUUUAUCUAUGUUGAUAAUUCUGCAUAUUAGGCUAUUGUCAAUUUAUGAAGUAAUUUUCGAUUUUCCCGUAAUAAAGUAAUCCUGCUGUAUUAUAAAUUCGUUAUCAAAAUGUCUGGCAUGCUAUAUGGCCGUGUAUGAAACGGUUGUUUGCAAUAUAACCAUUCCCUAGCGGCUCCGGUUAUAUAAGCUUACAAGUACAACCGGUUUAUAUACUAAGCCAUAUAACCGACCAGAGAUAUUAUAAUACUGCACGUUUGUAACGUUGUAAUCGUAACAUUUUUAUAGCUUUAUAUACACAGCUGCUGCCAAUUUAUAAAGAAAUCUUACUUUUUCUCUAAAAAAAGGACGUUUGCAUUAUUAAAAAUUCGUUAGCCUACCGACUCGGGUUAUAUUUACAAACAGUCGUUUAUAUAGGGCCAUAUAACCUGUCUAACAUCUUUAUAACCAAUAUAACAUUCGUAAUUAAAACAAAUAAAUUAGCAAUCAGUA